CUAGCGGGCACAGCGGAAGCAGUAGCUGCGGUGCCAAGACGAAGCCCUCGCCUGCUUUGUGAGGCAACGGUUAGCCGGAACCCUGCACGUGAAGAGCUCUGUGCCUUCGCAGCUGCCUCUUUCCGCCGAGGGGGGGCACCUCGCGGGAAGUUUCCCCUCUUUCAAACGCAACAGGAAUCGACGCACUGCUUGUUAUCACAAACCACCACACGCGCUCUCGGCGCACACCAACUCUGUAAUAGACAGCGAGAAAGAGAGAGAGAGAUAGAGAUAAGAGUGAAAGAUGGAGGUCGGAGCGGCUGUUUGGGUGAAGGACAAGGAGGGUGAGGAGGCCUGGGUUGCGGGUACGGUGCUGGAGAAGAGCGCGGGGAAGCCUUGCAAGGUCGAGAUCGAGGUGGACGAAGAAUUCUCGGAGGAGCCACUCACGUUCACACUACGAGAGGAAGAUGGCUACGAGCUGGAGGACCUUAAGCUGGCGAACGACGAGGAAAUGGACCACGUGGAGGACCUCAUCGCACUGCCGCACCUGCACGAGGCGGCUAUCCUGCACUCCCUGUGCAGGCGUUUCGACAGGGGGGACAUCUACACCUUCACGGCAAACGCCAUCCUGCUCGCGGUAAACCCUUUCAAGAGGCUCCCUCUCUACAGCAAGGAGCUCUUGACGGAGUACUUCAACAUGGGGUACAUGCGUCAGCAGGGGAUAGAGCCGCCUCAGGCCCUUGGGCCGCACGUUUUUGCGAUCGCGGACUCUGCCUACCGUGACAUGAUGAAGGGUAUUCACGCGGGGAAGUCGGCGGGCAUGGGGCCGGUGAACCAGUCCAUCCUCAUCUCCGGAGAAAGCGGUGCCGGAAAAACAGAGAGCACCAAGUUCGUCAUGAGGGGUAGUUGCGGUAGAGAAUGGGACAGGGUGCUGCAGAGCAACCCCAUCCUAGAGGCGUUCGGAAACGCCCGGACCAUCCGUAAUGACAAUUCGAGCCGCUUCGGGAAGUUCAUCGAGCUCAUGUUCAACAAGCGGGGCAACCUGCUGGGCGCGGGCAUCGAGACAUACCUCCUCGAAAAGGUGCGCAUCCCUACCCAAGCCGAGAACGAGAGAAAUUUCCACAUCUUCUACCAGAUGUGCAAGGGGGGCGACGACGAGGAGCGAGAGCGAUGGGAGCUGCAAGGUCCGGAGGAGUAUCACUUCGUGAACCAGGGCGACUGCUACGACCUCAGGAAAGUGGAGGACGAGGACGAGUUCGUGCAGACGAAGGCCGCUCUUACGACGAUGGGUUUCGAGGAUAGCUCAAUCCAGACUAUCUUCGAUAUCAUGGCGGGACUUAUCCACCUCGGAGAGCUCGAGUUCGAGGCUAACGAGGAAGAUGAGGCGGCUAUGCUUUCCGAUGAGGAAGAAAACCAAGAGUGCAUGGCUCGGGUGUGCCGGCUGUGCUACCUGCCGGAGGAGGGUCUGCUUCGUGCCCUCACGUCCAAGACCAUCGAGGUCGGUCCUAGAAAGGAGAAGACCACCAUCAAGCUUAAGGACCACCAGGCGUACGACGCUCGCGACGCCCUGGCGAAGGCCUUCUACGGGCAGCUGUUCAACUGGCUGGUGGCCACGAUCAACUCGCACAUCAACUGCGACCGCAAGGAGGUUAAGGCUUCCGUGGGGGUGCUGGACAUUUUCGGGUUCGAGUGCUUCGAGCACAACAGCUUCGAGCAGCUGUGCAUCAACUACACGAACGAGACUCUACAGCAGCAGUUCAACCAGUUCGUGUUCAAGAUGGAGCAGAAGGAGUACAGCAAGGAGGGGAUCGAGUGGUCCUUUGUGGAGUUCCCAGACAACCAGGGCGAGUCAACGAGAGUGUCGCCGUCUCGUCAUAGUCCACAUCCUUUCUUGGGGGGAAGCCGGUAUGCCCUAAAGCUGAUUGCGUUGAGUUUUGUGCGAUCGUUUGCCCCGCAGGACUGCCUGGACCUGAUCGAGGGGAAGAAGAAGGGUCUGCUGACCAUGCUCGACGACGAGUGCCGUAUGGGCAUCCGCGGCACCGACGCCAACUACGCCAGCCGGUUGUACAAGGAGCACGCGGAGACGGAGAGGUUCGAGGCGGACAGCGCCAUGCGGACCAAGCUUUGCUUCGCGGUUAAGCACUACGCGGGCCAGGUCGAGUACCAUGUGGAGACGUUCUGCGACAAGAACAAGGACGAGCUUCCCAAGGAGUCGGACGAGCUGUUCGCCAGCAGCACAAACGACUUCGUCGUCAACCUGUUCGCACCUGCGGGAGCCAAAAAGGCCAAGACCAAGGGCAAGAAGCCGGCCGCACCCAAGCCCAAGAAGGACGCCAGCGGAGUCGCGGGGCUCAAGCCCACCGUGGGGACGCAGUUCAAGGACCAGCUUCACAACCUGAUGGACAUGAUCAGGGACACACGUCCGCAUUACAUCCGGUGUAUCAAGCCUAACGACAACGCCGAGCCCGACGAGGUGUCGAGGGUGCGAGUCAUGGAGCAGCUACGGUACGGAGGCGUGUUGGAGGCCGUUCGAGUCGCCCGAUCUGGAUACCCCGUCCGGCUCCCCCACAAGCUAUACCACACAACAAACCGCAUCCGAAUCGCAUCAGCCAACCACGAGAUCUACUUGUCUGAAAACGGCCCCUCCAGGGGGGCUGCAGUGCCCACACCAGCAGACCCUCCCCAAAAAACAAUCGAGGUCCGCGCCGUUCGGCAGCAGGAGGCGCGCUGCGCGAAAGCUGAAUCAACACAAAACGAAGUUUGAAGAGAGGACGGGGCAGUGUAUGGUUGCCGCGUCAGCAGAAGAUAACACGCGGCGCGCUAUCGAACGCGGCAGCCUCACCGUCGUAAAGAGAAUGUUGGAGGAAACGAAGGGGGAGUUGGUCAAAAGUAAAAAAAUUGUGGAAGAGAGCCAGGCUCAACCUCGCUGCCGCCGCCGCCGCUGCUGCUGCUGCUGCUGCUGUUUUUUUCAGCAGCAGCAGCGGCGGCGGCAGGUGUCUGCGUGGCUUCACCGCCCGGCUGCUGCUCGGGUGUGUCAUGAGGCAUGUGUUCGAGAGUGGGACCGCGCAAUGGUGUUGUGCUGUGCCACAUAGCAGGGCGCAAAGCACACAGGCGAGCCGCGCCCUCGCGCGUGUGCGUCAGAGGGUCUUUUCGGGAGGUUCCGACGGUUUCGUGCAAUUUCAUUGGUCGAUUUUCCAUCAGCAAGAUCCGAGGACGCUUGUUCGUUUUUUUUCCUAUAGGAAAUUUUCCGCUUUGACACCCCUAACUGUGUUACCUCCAACCGCAAUGCUGCAGAAUAUGCAUCGUGCUGCAUUUCUUGGAGAUUUGGUUCCGGUUGGCAUAGACAAGCAGGCGGCUGCUUGAAAUAGAUGUUGUAGUGUAGAAGCGGGAGACAAGACUCUCCCCGUUGUCCAGUUAGUCCUGCUGCUACUGCUGCCACUGCUGCCACUGCUGCUACUGCUGCUACUGCUGUACUGGACCUGGUCGUGAGUUGCGUCGUGUUGUGCGAAGACCCAGGGUACCCUCCGUGAGCCCCCCGCCCACGCGCGCCUUCGUGCUUGGUGCUGUGCGAGAAUUUUCAGCACCUCCGUAUGUUUGCCCCCCCUCCCACAUUCGGCAUGCCGCACCCCACCCCCCGAAACGCGUGGCAGGACUUCUACACCCGCUACCGGUGCUUGAUCUCCCUCGACCCCAAGGUCAAGAAGUCCAAGUAUCCGAUGAGACUUACCGGCACGAGCACUGUCGCCCAGAAGAUGUGUAAGGUGGGGCUCUUGUACGUUAUUUGGCGCGCUGAAGCCGCCGGGACCUUGUCAAGAACGUGCUGUCGCCGGCAAUGGUUAGCAUGAAGAACAUCCCGGAGGACACCAUGCAGUUCGGAAAGAGCAAGGUACACACGAAAUGCACCCGGGGUGUCCGCGCCAUCUCUGCCGCGUCUCUCUGCAAACCCAAUGACGUCGCCACACACACCCAACACCGAUGCCCAGGAAAAAAAAAAGGAAACAAUUUGAUAAACACAGAAUGGUCGUCCCUGCGUCACGGUUCGAUGUCGUCCGUGUGCUCCGGUGCCGCUGCGGCCAGUCCUACCACGACCAAACUCGACCCGCUCCGUCCGUACACGCUCUCGUUGCUGUCCUUCCCAGUCGGUUCCUCUCUUUCUCCCUCGUUGCACUUACGGUUCUUGGUCUGAAACUUCUCGCGCCGAAGGGUCAACCAGCCCAAUCAGCUCGUCACCACCUGUCCCCUCCUCCUCUUUGAUGGCGAAGCCAGGCUACUGAGACAGUACAGCUCCCUCUAGCUAAGCUGGGGCCGUGUACAUAUUGCCCGUCCACCUUUCUGAUGGCGCCUGCCUCCGCGCACAAAACUGAGAUGGAC